UUUCCUUACAUCCUUUUACGAAGAGGUGGAGCCAGUCCAGGUAAAGUGAUGCUGCUUCCACAGGUCCAUUUCAGCCAGUUGUUGUUCGAAACUUCUUGAAGCAACAAGAUCCUUCUCACUUACGGACUACAUUUCUUAUCCGGUUGUCAUUUGUUGUUUCAAUAGCAAAAAAAAUCACCAGUGGAUAUUUCAACUAGUGUCUUCCACACAAUUCUUUUAACUGUAAAAUUAAGCAAUGGGACGAGUGAAACGGAUGAACAGUAAUGUUGAAGCUACCGCAAAUGACAUGAGCGGGAGAAAAGUUAGUAGCCAGUGCGAACAACCAUCCUUACCUCCGGAUGGUGGACCUCACGCCUGGCUCAUCGUUAUCGCUAGUUUCCUGACGAACGGCAUUGUCUUCGGCAUCCACAAUUGUUACGGCAUCAUCUACGUUCGACUUAGAACACAUCUCGAACAAGCUGGAGUCAACGAAGCGGCCCUCAAAGCUUCGCUGGUGGGAUCUCUUUCAAUUGGUAUGACUUUCUUUGUUUCUCCCAUCGCCGGAAUUCUGAUCGACUCCAUCGGAUUGAGGAGGACGGCGGUUCUAGGUGGAGCCAUUGCUACCAUAGGCAUGUUGGCUUCCUCAUUUGCUCUAGCGCACGUAGAAGCGUUGUACCUAACUUACGGAGUACUAUUCGGCGCUGGAACUUCGUUGGCUUACAAUCCAUCAUUGGUGAUUUUGGGACAUUACUUCGAGAAACGUUUGGGAUUUGUGAGCGGUUUGGUGACAGCCGGCAGUUCGGUUUUCACCUUCACGUUGCCCUUCUUUCUCGAAUGCAUUUUGGGCUUGGGAUUGGAGGCCACGCUUCAAAUCCUUGCCGGAAUGAUGGGUCUCUUAAUGAUCUGCGCUCUCACUUUCGUGCCCAGACUAACGCCAUCAGAAAACAAAGAAACAACGACUAAUGUGGAAGGCAGUGCUGGUUGUUCGAGACUUUGGAAAAAGUACAUUAAUUUUUCCAUCUGGAAAAAUAAAAAGUACGUCAUUUGGGCCAUUGCCAUCCCUAUUGCCAUGCUCGGAUAUUUCGUCCCUUACGUUCAUCUGGUCUCGUAUGUUAAAGACGUCCUACCGGAGGCAGAUGGCAAAGUCUUGGUGCUUUGCAUUGGCUUGUCAUCCGGUGUUGGCCGAUUGGUCUUUGGCAAAAUCGGUGAUCAUCCGAAAGUCAACAGAGUAAUCCUUCAGCAAACGGCCUUUUUCUCCAUCGGUGUUGUCACCAUGUUAUUGACACUUGCCAAUUCAUUCACCUGGUUCAUUGUCUUGUGUCUCCUUUUGGGCUUGUUUGAUGGCUGCUUGAUCGCUCUCGUCGGACCCAUAGCCUUUGACUUUUGCGGACCGAAGAACGCUUCCCAAGCCAUAGGUUUCUUAUUGGGACUUCACUCGCUACCAAUGACAACUGGCCCCACUGUCGCUGGAGCGAUGUACGGAGCGCUAAAAAGCUAUCGCCUUCCAUUUUUACUGGCAGGGUGUCCGUUGAUCAUUUGCGCGCUUAUUAUGCUCUUGAUUCACAGGGUGAAAGACCAGCAAAUCGACGAUAACGAAUCAACAGACAUUGGAAAUGAUUCAACUAAGGGCAAAUCAAGCGAAAAUUCGGAUGUCAAUGGCAAUGAGAAUAGCCAUGAGACAACUUCCUACGCUGUGCGCGCCGUUCCAUACGAGGGAUUUAAAGGUGGACGGGCUGUCUCGGACCAUUCUUCCGGCAUGGUUGUUGAAACAACUGUAGUACAAGGCUCUAAUCGGAAGCCUGUCAUGGCCGUCUCAAGCAACUGGUCUCCGGCUGUCGGGAGGUAUCACGUCCCACCCACAGCGCAUGCAACCAUGGACCGUAGCGCCACCCCAGUUUUCCUAACUAGUUUCCAGAAAAACCCAUCUGCCAUAUUAUGGUGAAGAACGGUCCAGACGGGCGUACGUGAUGUAAGGUUGGUCUCUUAAAUGACGCUAAAAAGCGCACCGGUUAAGGAAGCCGAUCGGCUGUUCUACCCCUUCCUAUUAGUAUCUAUUGAAGAUGAAUUUUUAAAGAUAGUAUAUGCUGACACGCAACGGUUCUAGAUAACAAAUUGCGAUUUCCGUAUUAAGAUUAAAGUGUUUUUUCACCCACGCCAUCAAGCCAACCGCAAUUAUUUUUGUAAGACUCUUCCUUUUCUUGAAAGCGCUUCACCUUGUGCUGAAUGUCAGCGCAAACCUAUUUGUUGUUCCAUUAUUAAUUAUUGUGAUUGGGAUCUGUUAAUUAAGGUAACGUAUAUACAGAAAAGAGGUACGGAAUAAAACUAAAUGA